GUGUUUGAUACAGAGGCAGUGAGCUGGCAGGUGUGUGAUACAGUAACAUAACAGAAGCAAUGAGCGGACACACCAACGUAUUGCGGCGCCAGUGACUGUCAGCGCUGUUGGAAGCAAGAGAUACUCGAAAACGAGGUCGCGUGACGUCAGCAGCAGUGGAUUCAUCAGCCUCAACAGCAGCGAAAGAAGCGCAGGCAGUCAGGGCCCCGAGCACCCACAUCCCAUAUCACCUACAAACCUAAAGGCUAGGGCCAAGAUGGCUGCUUCUUCCUCGUCCAACUUAGAAGACGAAAGCUUGAAGGGCUGUGAAGUCUAUGUUCAAAAAUACAACAUUCAACAGCUGUUAAAAGAAUGCAUCGUGAACUUGUGCAUCGCUAAACCAGACCGUCCUAUGAAGUUCCUCAGGGAACAUUUUGAAAAGUUAGAGAAGGAAGAAUGCAAACAGAUUUUAGCUCAGCAGAAGUCAAACUCUCAGUCAGACUCUCAUGACGAUGAGAUCUCUCCCCCACCUCCGAACCCAGUGGUUAAGGCCCGUCGCAGAAGAGGAGGUGUCAGUGCAGAAGUUUACACUGAGGAAGAUGCAGUCUCCUAUGUUAGAAAGGUGAUUCCAAAGGACUAUAAGACAAUGACUGCCUUGGCAAAAGCAAUCUCCAAAAAUGUACUCUUUGCUCAUCUUGACGACAAUGAGAGAAGUGAUAUAUUUGAUGCCAUGUUCCCUGUCAAUCACAUUGCCGGAGAGACAGUCAUACAACAAGGUGACGAGGGAGACAAUUUCUACGUCAUUGAUCAGGGAGAAGCCGACGUCUACGUAAAUGGAGAAUGGGUGACCAACAUUGGAGAAGGAGGAAGCUUUGGAGAACUUGCAUUAAUCUACGGCACACCAAGGGCUGCAACUGUCAAGGCCAAGACAGACCUAAAGCUUUGGGGCAUAGAUAGGGACAGCUACAGAAGGAUUCUAAUGGGCAGCACAUUGAGAAAGCGGAAGAUGUAUGAAGAAUUCCUGACCAAGGUCUCCAUUUUAGAAUCGCUAGACAAGUGGGAACGUCUGACAGUGGCAGAUGCUCUUGAACCAGUUCAGUUUGAAGACGGAGAGAAAAUCGUCGUUCAGGGCGAUCCUGGGGAUGAUUUCUUUAUCAUAACAGAGGGCACAGCAUCUGUACUGCAGCGCCGAUCUGACAAUGAAGAAUAUGUGGAAGUUGGAAGACUUGGGCCAUCGGAUUAUUUUGGUGAAAUUGCCUUGUUGCUGAAUCGUCCCAGAGCAGCAACUGUUGUUGCUCGAGGGCCGCUGAAAUGCGUCAAGCUGGAUCGACCUCGCUUUGAACGAGUCCUUGGACCAUGCUCAGAAAUCCUCAAGAGGAACAUUCAAAGAUACAACAGCUUCAUCUCUCUCACUGUUUAAGCGUGCCCUCUUAGGAAUGUGAUGUUUGUUUUACCCUGUGAACUCGAGUUUGACCCGUGCAGUUACAUAGCUUUAUAAGAAAAGGAAAUUGUGCAUUCAAUGUGAAUUUUUAUGGUCCUGUAUGCUGCAUCAGUCAUAAAUUUUCAUUUGUCAUAAGGGUACACAGAAAUAUCAUGCUUGGGAUGGGAUAGGUCAGAGAUUGGCAAACUGUCAUUUUCCAGGCAUUGGUCUUAAACUCAAGGGUUUUUGUGAUUUGUACUAAAAGGGACUUAAAACUGAUUUUUUUUUAAAAAAAAAAACUGUCAGUUGUGUAACAGAAAAAAAAUAUAUAUAGAAGAUACUUGCGCACUCCCAAUCAGAUAAAAACCAGCACUUGCACACUAAGCCAUAUACAGGCAUCACAACCUGCUCCUAAGUAGAGGUGUAUUAACCAUAUCUAGGGUAAUUAUUUUGAUCCCCCAUCUAGAACUGCCAGUGCUCCAAAGAAUUGUGGGUAUGAGUAUCUAGAUUUAUUCUUUUAAUUCAAUUGUGGAUCUUUUACUCUUAAGGCAGCCAUAUGCGGGCUGAGAAAAGCUGCUGACAGUUGGAUCAAGGACAGCAUCGGUUGAUUGAUGCUGUAUUGAUCCCGCCAUCUGCAUUCCUGGCCAUGUGAUCUGAUCAUUGGGCCCUAGGGCUCAUGAUUGCAUCAGCCUGAUAUCGCCCACUGAAGGUGGGCACAUCGGUGCAAGAUCUGCUCGUUUGGCAACUUCUCCAAAUGAGCAGCUCUGCCUAUGUAUGGGUAGCUUUACUUUCACAGUAAUCCUUCUGCCAUUCAUGCUCCUUUUUUAUGCAGAAAGACCACUGAGCAAUAGUUCGUUCAGUGAUAACAUUUACACAUUUUCCCCUACAGAAACAUACUGAGGAAGCAGGGAUGGUGGGCAGAAACACCAAAGUGUUGUAAUAAAGGUUUAAAGGACUUGAGCUGGCUAUACACAAUAAAGGUGGCCUGUAGACCAAUUCGGCAAUUUAUCUGCCCGUGUAUUGGGGCUUCCAACAGGUUUUCCCGAUCGAAAUCUGGCCACGAUAUCCAUCAGGAAUGUUUAAUUUUUUCCGCAACUGACCUGUUGGAGCCCAUUGCUCCUCGUUGUAAUCCAAUUGUUCGGCCCUAGGGCCGAAUGUUCAGAUUGCCCCGACAUUGCCCUGCCAUUGGUGGGCAUAUCGGGGAAAGAUCCGCUCAUUUGUCGAUGUCGCCAGACGAGCGGAUCUCUUCAUGUAUGGCCAGCUUAAAAUCCACUUGUUUUAGGACCAAUAUCUAUUGGAUAGGCUAUCCAGGAUGCCCCAUACAUGAGCAGAUAAACUAGCUGACUGGAAUGCAGUUCAGGGAGAUUAGUCGCCCAAAGAAGAGACGAUUUGUCGCUGGGCGAUUAAAUCUCCCCGGAUUUCCACGUGUGUCUCUGCCCUAAGGGUCAAGGUACUAAUGUGAGGGGUCACAGGGUAUGUUUAUCAAAUGUAAAACAGGAAAAUGUCCCUUCUUCUUAACACCACAACCAUGACAGGAGAUGAGGAAAGUGGAGAUUUACUCAUGGACACAGGCAUCAUUUUAAGUCAUUGGUCUCAUUAAAAGCUGGGGAGGUUAAUUAGAUAUAAAUGUUCUUCAAGACUAAAAAGAAUUGUUUAAGCUGCAAUAUGUCAUUUGAAGUUCCAUAUCCCAUAAUGCACUUUUAAUGAUGCCAAGGGUUCCGGGCCCUCCUGUGUAAAUGAGCAGUAUCCUGCUUCUCAGAGCAAUGUGAAGGGGGCCUGUAUGCCAUGGGAGCCAAAUGUGUUUAUUUUCUUUCCAACAAACUUGAUCUGUAGAGAGGUUACGUAUCAAAGUCGCCUGGCCUCACAACCGUGGAAAAAUGUUGAAUAUUUAACAGGGAAAAUUCCUCCUGUAAAAGCACGGCAUUCAUUCUUAUUCCUUGAUAAGAUCUUCUGCUAGGUUUCCUAGUUUUCCAAUAGAAUCAUUCAUAUGUAAUUCCCCGAGCAAUACGCCGUCCAAAGAGGUUUUUCUUUCACCCAAGUUU